AUGACGACUUCCGGCGAUGAGGUAACGCCUCAUACCAUCGAUCGUACGCCAGAAUAUGAAGAGUUUAUGGAGAAGCUGAAGGAAUUUCAUAACAACCGUGGCACAGUCCUCGACCCGGAGCCAAAAGUUGGCUUAAUUCAUCUCGAUCUCUUCAAGGUCUUCAAUCACAUUGUCGCCAGCGGCGGUUAUGACAAAGUCUCGGAAGAAAAAUUGGCCUGGCGUCGCAUGGCUGCUGAACUAGGUCUCUUCUCCAACAACGAAGCGUCGACGGCUUUUGCGCUGAAGGAAAAAUUCUACAAGAACUUGGCGGCCUACGAGAUCAAGACGGUCUACGGCAAAGAGCCUCCACCGAAAGAUAUUCUCGAGGAUGUUACUGCCAAAGGCGCUGGUCUCUUGACGAGAACUCGAGAAAACUUUAGAGGCAAAAGAGAUAGCAACGUGGCCGGCAAUGAUUCGGCUGCCUCUGGGGACGAUGGGACUCCUGUGCGCGAACGGCCCGCUACUGAUGUCGUCUCGAGUGCUAGAGCCUCUCGCGGAUUGAGGGAAGCCCCCGCACAGCGUGUCAUCUUCCAGCCCGACACUGGUCCAAGCAGAAUCACACGACAAACUACCACCCAACACUCUUCGACCAGCUCGCCCCAAGUUCAAGGACAUCCUGGCAUGCAAGGACCACCAGGCAUGCAAGCGCGCGGCCCGUCCAUCGCGCACCAUCCCCCCAAACCUGAGAACACGUCGACCUCAGUAACGGCAUAUCAGCCCCGGCACAUAAAGCCUCUGCAGUUGCGACCUGUUGCGACACCCAGCAAUGCACCAAGCGAGUUUCCUAGGACGCGGUUAUCUUAUCGGGCUGCACCCGAACCUCGCCAACCCAUGCUUCCUGGAACUGGUUUUGAUGGUCCGAAUAUUUACACGCGCUGUCUCAAUGCUCUUCGAUCACGAAUCCCCAACGAACAGUCCUUUGCGCUAAAUCAUCUGGUCAAGAUUUCUUUUGAGCGUGGCGACAAGUACAAAUUUGACUCCUUCCCUGGCCUGGCCGAGGGCCUCGUCGAGAAAGCUCUAGAGGUUGGGGAGCUUUUCUACCACAUCAAGUGGAAAGUCUCAUGGAAUCCUGAUGAGGAUUCUUCUGAGCUUGGUGUCUUGGAUGGCAAUUAUGGAACCCCGGACAUUCUGGACAGAAUCGGAAACCUUGUCGAGAAGAACACGCCUGAUAUUCUCCAGCCGGGAGAGUACUUUGACAAAAUGGUCCUCAUUACUGAGGCCAUUUUGACGAUACGCAACAUGGUCACCUUGCCCGAGAAUGCACAUAACAUGUCCGAGUUUCCUCCAGUCAAGGAUCUGAUCUGCAUUGUUUUGCAUUUGCCUGAGAAGGACUCGCUGGUAGAGAUCAAGCACAUGGUCCUCGACAUUGCUGAGCAAAUCACGUCCUUCAUGGUUUUAGACUCGGACGACCCCUUGUACAGGACGCUCCUUGCGCAGAUGACCUCGGAUGAUCGCGGCACCAUUUUGAGCGCCUUGCGAGCGCUGGGCCGAAUUUCUAUGAACCUAGAAGCCACGAAUCAGCUUAACGAAGUGCCUGGAGAUAUCCUGCAGCGCAUCACGAGCUGGCUUCUAUUGAACGAUGAUGAACUUAUUGAUGCCUGUCUAGACUUUUUGUAUCAGUAUACAGCUGUUGUCUCCAAUCUGGACAAUUUGGUGCGUUCGACGCAUCCGGAAGGCCUCGUCGACCAACUCGUGCGUCUUUUGGCCCAUGGUGCCCGCAAGGUCCAAUACGAUCUCGUUUUGGCACCAGAGCAGCGAUUGCCGUCUCGCGAUGAAGUUGCACCCAUGCCUGAAGAUCUCUUGCAGGAUAUGUUGAAGCUGGAAGAGCCCGAUAGGGUGCAUCAAUGGGUCAAGUCAUUCUUUGACGAGGAUGGCUCUUCGUUUGUCACCCAGCUGGCUGCCUGGCAAGCGUACCAGGCUGCGUUUUCGGCACCUCUGAAGGACAUGCAGCAGCAGAUGAUCACACCAGCCGACUUUAUCAGAAACAGUACUGCAGUCUACAAGGGCUCCAACGCGCAAGUGUUGCGCGAAAAUGGAGAUGGCCAACAAAAAUUCAUCAUCCAUGGCAUUCGUGCCCGGCCUAAUCCGUUGACCCUGGACGGCAAAGAAUACGGACGCUGUCUCUGGGCAGCUGACCCGACACGCCGCAACGCAAAGUGCGGUCACUUUUUCCUCAGAGCGGAACAGAUGUGGCACCACAUCCUGACGACACAUCUAGGGGCUAUCACCAACGAAGAUGCCAAGUUUGAAGAUUUCGAAAAGCCAUUCAUUUGUACUUGGGGUGAGUGCAACAAGCAUACAAAGCCAACGAAGAUGCAUCUUCGCGACUUUGCACGCCACAUUACAACUCACAUCUCGGCUGUUAUCCCCGGCCAUGCUGGUGCCAAUCCUGAUGGCGUCGCGGCCCCUAAGAAGUGGAUCGUGCCUGCCAAGACGAUGCCGGUGACUUUUGAAGAGACUGUGACGGUGCGUGACGAGCGCAACCCGCAGGCACCACCGCAGGCGGCCGGUAUCCCGCUGAGCGCGGUGCUGGUGCUCCGCAAUAUUGCGCGCAACAUUGUCAAGACGGAGGCCGAGGAGGAGCUGGUUAAGCUGCAGCGCGGCACAGAUGAGAAGGGGGGUUGGAAUGAGCGCUUGUUCCGCGCCUCGACUCCGCGUCUGUAUGAGCUUUUGGCCGAGAACAGACCGAUGAGUCCGUACAUUGCUUCACUUCUCGACCUAGUUCAGGUUGAAGUUGAAGCUCGCCAUGACGAUGAUGACGAUGACUAA